GUUUACAUGUACCAAAAACUAUAUAACACACUACAGGAAGGGACUAGCCGCUCACGCCUAAAUGUGUGCUUACUUUUGUACCCUGGUGAGUCCAAAUAUCACACGCAUAUUUGCCAAGCUAGUAUAAUUAGCUGUAGGGGGGUUUAUGUCAUCCCUCCACCCUCUCUUCCUGUGAUAAACACAGUGCUGAACAUGAAGCGAGAUAAACAAUCACACAUUCAGAAGGGCAACACAGCGGCUAAACCGAGGCGGAGGAGGAGGAGAGGCAGCGUGUGGAAUAAGCUAAUAGCAUGAAACCUAUAGAGAUAUGACGAUGUCUCUUUUUGAGUUAAUUCAAGUGAGCCAGGAGCUGAUGAGCGGACUGCUUCACAAUGUGUCCGUGUCUCUCGGUCUGCUGACCCGACUCACACACAGCAGGAGCUGCAGGUCUACAGAAAGGAAGCGGAAACAUAAAUCCACGCAGACCAGCAGACGAGAUGACAUCCUGCAGACUCAGGAUGGCACUCUGUGUGCGGCAGAAAUCGGCUCUGAACUCCAGAAACAGUUUGCCAUCCUACCAGGGGGCCGCGGGAUGAAUGGCAACCCCAUCAUCGUCUUACCAGAGUUCCCAGACUUCAGCGAGCUGGAGGAGGAGGAAGUCCAAAAUGUCCUCGGCUACCUCAGCAGCGUCCCCAGCGUUGCAGCAUCAGGAGUGGGUUUCAUCCUGGUUAUCGACAGGCGACUGGACCGAUGGGCUGCCGUCAGGGCUACCCUGCUCCGCAUCGCAGGUUCAUUUCCAGGGAACUUAUACUUGGUUCUGGUGUUGCGUCCGACGACUUUGUUCCAGAGGACUCUGUCAGACUUCCUGUUCAAGUACAACAGGGAUGAGUUCAAAAUGAAGGUGGUGAUGCUGAGUUCAGUGACUGAGCUCCAUGCCUAUAUCGACCCGGGACAACUGACCACAGAGCUGGGAGGAACGCAGGAGUACUCCCAUGAAAGCUGGAUCUCACACCGCACUGCAAUCGAGGCCUUCGCUCUGAUGGUGAAGACCACGGCGCAGACUCUGCAGGCGUUUGGCACUGAGCUCGCAGAGACAGAAUUACCCAACGAUACCGAAGCCACCACCGCCCUGCUGCACACACACUCUCAGAAGAAGGACAAAAUGAAGGAGGACCUACAGGUGGCGCUGUCUCAAGGGGGGCGCCUGCUGGAGUGUAUAAACGAGCCUCUGCAGACCGACCCUGAAUACAACAUGACCUAUGAUGAACUGGAAAACUUAGCCACUGUACAGAGACUCCUGGGUCAGCUGGAUGAAACAGAAACAGCCUUCGAUGACUUCUGGGAGCGUCACCGCACCAAGCUGGAGCAAUGCUUACAGCUGCGCCACUUCGAGAAGCACUUCCGUGAAGUGCGCACUCAGCUCGACGUGACAUCGGAGCGGUUGUCUGGUUUCUCUGAAGUCAGUGUAAGCCCCGCCCACGCUGAGCACGUCCUCCGAGAGCUCAGCGGACAUGAGGACAAAGCCUGUGACGCACUAGACCACGCAUUGUCCCUGGCCGGUGAAGGUGACCGGCUGAUAGAAAACUCCCACUAUGCUGAGGACUCCAUCAGGCCGAAGUGCAGCGAGCUGAGAGGAGUGUGUGAGGAGAUCAGCUCCACCCUGAGGAGCAAGAAGAGCCUCCUGCUCAGAGCCAUGGAGCUGCACCACGCUCUGGAGAAGGCGUCUCGGUGGUGUGAAGAGGGCAUCUUCCUGUUGGCCAGCCAGCCUGUGGACCGCUGUCAGUCUCAAGAUGGAGCUGAGGCCGCUUUACAGGAGCUGGAGCGGUACCUGGAAACCGGGUCGCUGCACACGCUCACCGACCGCAGCGCCAUCUGCUGCCAGUAUGAGGCGGUGAUCACCUCUCAGCUCAGGGAUCAGGUAGAGAAGGUGUUCCAGAAGCAGAGCUCGGUCCAGGAGAUGUUUGAGAAGAGACGCGUCAGCCUGAAGAAGCUCGCCGCCAAACAGACCAGACCCGUCCAGCCAGUCGCUCCCAGACCUGAAGUCAAGUCCCCACUCUCCUCUCCCAAUCAACAGAGAAAAGAGAGGAGAUACUCGGCUGAUAAUGCCAUCUGUAAAAGGGUGGAGUCUCCCAUACACAACGGUGGCACUAGACAUGUGUCUCUCUCAGAAGAAGAGGAAAACCUGGCAGUACUUCGGCGCCACGUGAUGAAUGAGCUUCUGGAGACGGAGAGAGCUUAUGUGGAGGAGCUGCUGUGCGUGCUGGAGGGCUAUGCAGCGGAGAUGGAGAACCCAGCCAUGGCUCACCUCAUCCCCAGCACCCUGCUGAGCAAGAGGGUCGUUCUGUUUGGAAACAUGUCUGAAAUCUACCAGUUUCAUAAGAGGACGUUUCUAAAGGAACUGGAAGCGUACACUGACUGCCCAGAACUAGUGGGCCGCUGCUUUUUAGAGAGGAUGAAGGACCUGCAGAUCUACGAGGCGUACUGUCAGAAUAAACCUCGCUCUGAGAGUUUGUGGAGACAGUGCUCCGACUGUGCCUUCUUCCAGGAGUGCCAGAAGAAGCUGGAACAUAAACUUGGUUUGGACUCCUACCUCCUUAAACCUGUCCAGAGAAUCACCAAGUACCAGCUCCUGCUAAAGGAGUUGUUGAAGUACAGUAAGGGGUGUGAUGGCUGUGAUGACCUGCAGGAAGCUCUCUCCUCCAUCCUGGGGAUCCUGAAGGCUGUGAACGACUCCAUGCACCUCAUCGCCAUCACAGGAUACGAGGGUAACCUGUCAGAUCUGGGUCGCCUGAUGAUGCAGGGCUCCUUCAGCGUGUGGACGGAGCAUAAGAAAGGUCACGCCAAGGUCAAAGAUCUGGCCCGGUUUAAGCCCAUGCAGCGGCACCUGUUCCUGCACCAGAAGGCCCUGCUGUUCUGCAAGAGGAGGGAGGAGAACGGGGAGGGCUACGAGAAAGCUCCGUCGUACAGCUUCAAACACUCCCUCAGUAUGAGUGCGGUGGGCUUCACAGAGAACGCUAAAGGAGACAACAAGAAGUUUGAGAUCUGGUGUAACUCCAGAGACGAAGUUUUUAUAGUCCAGGCUCCAACACCAGAGAUUAAAACAUCGUGGGUGAACGAGAUCCGCAAAGUUCUGACGCAGCAGCUCAAAGCCUGCAGAGUCAAUGUUUCAGAUGCCAGUCAGCAGAAGAGCUCAGACUCAGCUUUCCAGAGUCCCGCCAGCAACAACUCCUCUAUCUCCCUCAGUCCCUUUCGUAGUAGUGGUUCGAAAAGCCAGAAGAAGACAGAGGAGAAGAAGGCGGAGGCGAACGCGAUGUCCGACUCCUCUUCUUCACCCAAACACAAAGAUGACCCAGUGACCAGUCCCACCACUGACAGGUCUGCAGUGGCUAAAAAGCGUUUUACUUUGCAAGGCUUCAGCACUCUCAAGAGUCCCAAAGGCUCGGCCAUGAGCCCCGAGCACGGCUCCAAACGCCACUUGGACCCCACACCGUUUGGGUUCAAAGGCUGGAACAAGGCGUCUCUCUCGGUGGACGCCUCAGAAGAGAAUGAUGGGUACUCCAGCAGCGAGGACCCCAUGAACUCUGACCCCGAGGACGACGUAGGGAAGAAGCUGGCUGCAGGAAAGUAUACAGUGUUUGCAGACUGUGAGAAGGCGGGACCUCAAGAGCUGUCAGUCAAGAGUGGAGACAUGGUGCAGCUGAUCAGAGAAGGAGAGGAGGAACAGUGGUUUGUGAAGAACCUCCGCAGCAGUAAGGAGGGCUGGGUCGCUGCAGCAAACCUCCUCAGCCUCAUCUCAGAGUCGAAGUCCUCUCAGUCACUCAGCAGCUCAGCAGAUGGCAGCGUCUCUGGGAACAUCAGCACUUCCUCCAGCUGCAGCGAGACAUACACCAGCUUCUCCGACAUCAAACCCUGACCUGGAUCCAUCACAGAACAAGGUCCAUGUGGAUUUACAACAAAAAGCCCUAAAUCAGACCCUGACAGGAGGACGAAUCAAAUCACAGAGACCAUCCACGUCACAGUUUGAGGAUCCAACUAUAAAUCAAUCAUCUCUGAAUCUGCGGGUGUUGCCAGUGUUUUAGCUGAGUCAUCAACGCCCCUCUUUCUUACAGUAUUACUUUCUCAUUUUAGAUUAUUUCACCUUUAAAGUUAUUAACAUGAAAGGUAUGUUCACAGUGGCAGAUAAUUGGAAUAACAUCAGGGAGAAGUAGUUUCACAUCAUACAGUCACGUCAGGCCUUCUUUAAAAAUAACAUUACUGUAAACUACAGAUAAAAGUCUUCAGUCUAUUAUUUAACCCAUUUGGUUAUGGAGCAUUAAAGUGGGCAGAUUUAAAAAUAUCUGCGCUACAAUGAACUCCAUCACAGCAUAGCGAUAGAUUCUUGUGUGAAUCAGCGACAGGUAUAGAUGCUAUCAGACCGGCCUUUCACAUCAUGCUUUAGUGUCAGACAUUAAUCGCACACUCUGAAAACUGGCAGCUGGCUGCAACAAGAAAAAAGCUUUUGGUGCAUAGUGGAGCAGGUCACACCUUCAGGCCGUCUUACUGGAAGUCUGGUCACCUCUUUGUACGUAAGGUCAUAAUGUCUGGCGGGCAAAGGGUGUCAAAUAUUCAAGAAUGCUGUAUUCCCCCCAUGUCGUCGAUAAGAGCUUCCCUGGUUUCACCGUAUUAACUUAUAUAAUUCAUCACUUGGUGAAUGUCAGCCACAGCACCACCCGGUGGGCAGAUGUCAUGCAGCUACACAUGAAAUCACUUAACAGAGCGGCAGCUUAGAACAACUUUUAAAACCUCUUUUCUUUUUCCAAGGAUGAUUGUCUAACUGGCCUCUGCACUGCUCUGGGUUUACCUCUCAGGAAGGUGUGUGGGCAGGCAGGUGUGACUGCAUACCUGUGUGUCUACUACAUGUCUUUGUUUGUGAGUGUGUGUGUGCAUUCUUGCAUAUGUGUGUGCACUUCAAAAAACAACUCCAACUGGCUAUUUAGCCGCAGCUGGAUCAGAGCUACACAUUAGGAUAUUUCAGCUCAAUUACUCAUGCUUUUACCUGCUGGGUUAGUUUCUCAUUGGGAAAAGUUCAUUAAUAACCAUUUUAGGGGCUCCUCGGACAGAAAAGUCUCAAUACUCUGCACACAAAUCCAGUUUGUGUGUCAUGGCCUAUCUUUGGUUUGCACUGCAGUAACAAAAGCAGCUUUGUCCCUCCCUCUGCUCCCAGCCCCACUCAGGCAUGUGACAGCAGCCACCUCUCCUCAAGCAGGGCUAACCCGGAGACUUUUCUCCACAGGCCCUGCAGCGAAAUGUGUUGUGAUGAUGUAGCAAGGCAAUUGAAUAACAAGGUGCAUCACGUUUUGAGUUGGCUAAUAUGGCACUGUAGUGGGAACCAGGAUACAGGUUGAUGACACAUCUCUGACAACCAGCUGCUGUGACACACACACACACAAAUAACCUGUGCUAUUCUGAACAUUGAAUGACACCUGAACAUUGAAUGACACCUUUUUUCUUACGUGGUUUUUCAAAGGUGUUUUUGAUACCCCUAGAUUUCUACUGUAUCCACGAGGCGCACUGUAAAACAAUCUCUUCCUUUUUCCAUUUUCAAUGUCGAAUGUGUGACUGUUGUUAAAAACAGAAAAAGUGCAGCAUGCUGUUACACUAAAAACCAGCCCCGCCCGUUUAUUACUUAAUAAAUGGGUUGCAUUUGUCCAUCACUGUGGUUUUGUUCAAUUCGACCCUGAUUUGAGCUUUUUGCUGAAAACCACUUUUAUACGCAUGUCCUCCCUGUGAAAGGAAAAAAAAAUCUCCAGAAAAAGGAAGCUUAAUUGUAAACCAGAGAGUAAACUGAGGCUGGCAUUGUGUGUGGAUCCAUGUCAGUGGGAAAUUACACUUGUACAGAUGUAAUACCUCACAUUGUUUCCCUCGAGAGCAUGUACAUUGUGAAGCGGAUCAUGAGUCUGUGCAUCAUCUCUCUUUGUGGCAUGAUCUUCAUACUCCUCUCGCGGCAAAGCCCUGAACAAGGCAAGUAUUUUUUACCAGGCACUGUUGUAUUCUGUGAGAGUUUAUUUUCUGCCCUCAUAAAGCUGACACGGGCACUAAACUUGUCAGCGUUCUAUCAUGAUCACUCAAUAAAGUUAUUGAAUAAUUUGUACUUUUUGACUCGGAGGCCGGGGAGACGAGAAGGGUUCUAUUUUUUUGUUUCUUUUUAUGCAGCACAUUGCAGCAACCACUGUCUUUAUUUUCCUAUUGUAUCUACUGAGUAUGGUGUUGAUAUAAAUAUAUUAUAAUGAGAUAUAUCCGUGUACAUUUGUAAAUAUGUAUGUAAAAUGAACAGCAGCUUUAAUAAAGUCUGAGAUGGUUUCCUCUA